AAAAAGAAUGUUAAAUUUUUAUAUAGACAGAGGUGGAACAUUUACUGAUAUAUAUUAUCAAUACAACGGAGAAUCAUUAGUGCAUAAAUUAUUAAGUCAAUCUCAUUAUAAAGAUGGAGUAUUUUAAGGAAUCAAAGAAAUAUAUGAGAAAUAUUAAAGUAAUGGCUAAUAAGUGAAAGUGAAUUAGAUUGUAAUAGGUACAACAAUAAUAACAAAUGCAAUAUUGGAAAAGUAAGGUCAUGAUUGUGCAUUAUUAAUAAGUGAGGGAUUUAGAGAUUUAUUAUAAAUAGGUUAAUAAAGCAGACCAAAAAUAUUUGAUUUAACAAUGAAGAAACCUUGUGUAUUGUAUAAGGAAGUGAUUGAGAUAAAAGAGAGAAUAGAUUAUGAAGGUUAGAUAAUAUAAUAAAUGGAUAUAGAAUAAGCAAGAAAGGAUUUAGUUUAUUUAAAAUAAUAAGGUAUAAAUUCAAUAGGAGUUGUAUUAUUGCAUUCAGUAAUAAAUGAUGUGCAUGAGUAGUAAAUAAAAAGUUUAGGUGAAGAAUUAGGUUUUGGUUUUAUAUCAAUAUCAAGUGAGGUUAGUAAAGUAAUAAAGAUAGUUCCUCGUGGUUAGACAACAGUAUUAAAUGCUUAUGUCAAUCCGUUGAUAUAAUUAUAUAUAAAGGAAUUAGAAUAAGAGAUAAAAUAAUUAUUAAAAGAUUAGAAUCCAUAAAUAUGGUUUAUGUAAUCAGAUGGAGGGUUGACAGAAGCUUAAGAUUUUAUAGGAAGUAAAGCUGUAUUGAGUGGUCCAGCAGGAGGAGUAGUAGCAUUGAUGUAAUCAACAAAGAUUUAUAAAUAAUUAAAUAAAAAAGGAGUAGUAGGAUUAGAUAUGGGUGGUACUUCUACAGAUGUUAGUGUUUAUUAUGAAAAAGAAAAUAUUAAAGAGGAAAGUAUAAUAGAUGGAAUUAUAGUGAAUACUCCUUGUUUUGAUAUAAAGACAGUAGCAGCAGGAGGAGGCAGUUUGUUGAAAUUUGAAAAUGGAAUGUUUAAAGUAGGUCCAGAAAGUAGUGGUUCAUGUCCUGGUCCUAUUUGUUAUGAUAGAAAUGGAUUGUUAAGUUUGACUGAUGCUAAUUUAUAUUUAGGAAAUAUUGAUGUAGAUCAUUUGCCUAAAAUAUUUGGGUUUAAUAAUAAUUCAGAAUUAAAUUACGAUAAAGUUAAAGUUUAAUUUCAGAAAUUGGGUUAAGAAUUAAAUAUGAAUCCUAUUGAAAUUGCAGAAAGUUUUAUUAAAGUUGCUGAUGAAUAAAUGUGUAGACCUAUUAGAUAAAUCACUAAUGGAAGAGGAUAAAGUAGUUAAGAUCAUUUAUUAGUCAUUUAUGGUGGAGCUGGAGCUUAACAUUGUUGUUCUAUUGCAUAAUCAUUAAUGAUUGAUUCUAUUUUUAUACAUAAAUAUGCUAGUAUCUUUUCAGCUUAUGGAUUAAGUUUAGCAAGAUAAUAAAAAUAUUAGAAAAUACCACUUAUUGAUAAAUUAAACAAUUUUCAUUCUAUUUCUAAUAUUGUUUAAUCAUUUCAUAAUUUAACUUAAACAGAUAUUGAAUAAUUAAUAGAACUUCAUCUUAAAUAUGAAGGAAGUGAUUUUCUAAUCAAAAUUUAAUACAAUUUAGAUUUAAAUGUAAUUAAAUAAUAAUUUGAAAUAUAACACUAAUAACUUUUUGGAUUUAAGUAAAAUCGAGAAAUAUUAAUAGAGUAUUUAUCUAUUACUACUAAAUACGGAGAAUUAAAAGAAGAGUAAGAUGAAUUAAUUGAAACAUUUUAAAUUAUAGAUGGUAAUAAUAUGAAAGUCGAUUAAUUACAAAAAAAUAUUUAAUAUAAAGGACCUUUCUUAAUUUAUACGGGUAAUACAACAAUUAAAAUAAGUGAAGGAUGGAAGGCUGAAUUAACUAAAAAUGAAAAUAUUAUUAUUAGAAAAAUAAAUGAUGAAUAGAAUUUAAAUUAAUAAAAAUAUACUAAUAGUAGUUUAGAAUUAAGUAUUUUUGCUAAUAAAUUUAUGUCAAUAGCUGAAGAAAUGGGAUUAUAAUUAUAGAAUACAGCUGUAAGUAUUAAUAUAAAAGAAAGAUUAGAUUUCUCUUGUGCUAUUUUUGAUAAAGAUGGUAAUUUAGUUGCAAAUGCUCCUCAUUUACCUGUACAUUUAGGUAGUAUGAGUGAUGCAGUAAAAUGUUAAAUAAAUAAUUUUAAUGAUGGUGAUAUUAUAAUGAGUAAUCAUCCAGAAAUGGGAGGAUCACAUUUACCUGAUAUAACUAUUAUAACACCUUAUUUUAAAGAUUAAUAAAAGUUAUUCUAUGUAGCAUCAAGAGGACAUCAUGCUGAUAUUGGAGGAAUCAGUCCAGGAAGUAUGCCAGCAUUUAGUAAAUACUUAAAAGAUGAAGGUAUUGCAGUUAAAUCUUUCAAAAUAGUAGAAAAAGGAAUAUUCUAAGAAGAAAAAUUAAUAGAGUUAUUAUAAGAUAGUAGGGAAAUAAAAGAUAAUGUGUAAGAUUUAAAAGCAUAGAUUGCAGCAAAUAAUAAAGGUAUAUAGUUAUUAGAAUUAUUGAUCAAUCAAGAAGGAUAUUCAAAAGUAGAUUAUAAUAUGAAAAGAAUUUAACUUAAUGGAGAAAAUUGUGUUAGAUAAAUGUUAUGUGAUAUUUCUAUUAAAAAUCAUAUGAAAGAAGUUGAUACUAUUGAAUCUCAAGAAUAUAUGGAUGAUGGAUCUUAAAUCUAGUUAAAAUUAACUAUAGAUAGAAAAGAAAGAUCAGUUAUUUUUGACUUUACUGGAACUUCUUAAUAAAUAUUAGGAAAUACUAAUUGUCCUGUCUCAGUAACUAAAAGUGCUAUCAUAUACUGCUUGAGAUGUUUAGUUGAUAUGGAUAUUCCUUUAAAUUAAGGAUGCUUGAAUCCUACAAAAAUAAUAAUACCAGAGAAUUCAUUGUUAAAUCCUAAUAAUUUAUGUGGAAUAGUAGGUGGUAAUGUAUUAACUAGUCAAAGAAUAACAGAUCUUAUUUUAAAAUGUUUUUAGGCUAGUGCAGCAUCAUAAGGUUGUAUGAAUAAUUUUUCAUUUGGAGGUUUUAAUUAAAGAUCAUAUUAUGAAACAAUUGGUGGAGGUAGUGGAGCAGGAGAUGGAUUUAAUGGUGAAUCAGGAGUCUAAGUUCAUAUGACUAACACUAGAAUAACAGAUGUAGAAAUAAUAGAAAGAAAACAUCCUGUUAGAAUCUUAUCUUUCACUCUUAGAAGAAAUAGUCAUGGUAAAGGUAAAUAUAAUGGUGGAGAUGGUAUUAUCAGAUCAUUUGUAUUCUUAACAAAAUUAAAUGUUUCUUUAUUAACAGAAAGAAGAGUGUUUUCUCCUUUUGGUUUAAAAGGUGGUUAAAAUGGUUAAAAAGGAAUAAAUGUAUAUAAAACACAAGGUUAAUCAUUUUUAUUGAGUGGGAAAGUUAAUUUAGAUGUUUUUCCAAAUGAUGAAAUUUGGAUAUAUACACCAGGAGGUGGAGGAUAUGGUGUUAUGUGA